AGAUUACGGAAGUAUCUUCGGAGAGCUUAUACUUCUAUUGCAGUUAGAAAUAAACUGUGCCAAGAGAACAACAAGUUUUACAACCUAGAAAUGUGAUCCGGUAAAAUCUUAGAAAAGGAGGAGAAGAUUUUGAGACGAUGCUUCAACAAUGCUUGAGACUUUUUGAUCUUCUGGUCUUAGGACUUCUAUUGUCGACAUUCGACAUUGGCACAGAUUUCCUGAGUGGGAUAGAAAUAUUCUCUCUUAGAAGAUCAGAUCAAAAGUGUCCGCUCAACAACUUAUCAGUCUGCCAAAGUUGUUGGAAAAGAAGCUUGAAAGAAUGCAGGUCCCAGGAAAAGAGUCCUGUUUAUGGCAGCAACAACGGGAGGAUAUUGGAGGACAACCUCCAGAAGAUGGAGGUUCUGAAUUCUGAAGGUCCAUCCUCCAACGCCUCUCCAUUUUCCGGAGGGGAUACUCUGAUACUAUCCCCCAGCAGCAGAGUCCCUCCAAAAUCAUCUUCGUCUAUUUCAUCAAUCUUCGAGCCUUCGUCACCAAUCUCAGUAUUGUCGAAGCCAUCGGAGGCAAUGAUGUCCUCAACGGAGUCUUCUGGUGAAUAUAUCUUCAAUUCAGCUUCAUCGGAGUACUCCUUGCCUGACUUCAACCUAUGUGGGGUGCUUUCUUUAACCCUCUUGUGA